CUGGUGUUUUAAAACGCAGAAGGGAGAGACAGUAGAGUCUGUCUGUUGUCUGCUCGUCUUGUGUUUGCAGGAACCCUUCAGUGGGAUCUUCUCUCUCCUCCUCCUCCUCCUCCUCAUUUGCGGGUGGAUAGAAAAACUGGCAACACCAAGUUGCUGAGGAUUUUCUUUUUUUCCUCAUCUUUGUUCAUCAGGAUGUUUUUCUUUACUACCUGCUUUGUGCAUCACCUGCACUCACUGCCGCCGGAUGGUAACUUUGUAACCUGGCUGUUGUCUGGGCUGGCGGUGGGGUUGUGUGGGGUUUGAUGCCUUGAUCAGGCGUAAAACGGCAACAGACGAAGAGGAGGAAGCAGAACUGAACUGGUGCCACUGCGAGACAACAAAGGAUCCACGCGUAUCACUCUCCGUGAUUCCAUCUCACUGAAGGUACCGUACGUAGAAGACUUCUGUUCAUAUUUAUACUUGUAUGGUGGUUUUUUUUUAUUUAGCGGAUGAGAAAAAACCCAUCGUCGACCCUCUACAGACGCUCCUUGUCUGCUCUCCAGCUGAGGUGGGAGAGCGGACCACGGACAGCUCCUCCUGCGGCUUGAACGCACCAGGAGGAGCCCUUUAAACUGCGCUGACCAAAACAAGCGGAGGGGUCCGUCACACAGGCAUGACAGGAUGCUGCUACUGGACCGAAGUGACCUCUCUGACCGUGCCUCAUGCUGCUCCGUGGACCUCAGCCUCCAUUGAAUCUGGGGAGAAAACGCGUCUAUCCAUGGAAAUUCACUCCUCCCUAUUGGCUGGAUCGCAGUGCACAUGCUAUAACAACAGGAUAUGCAAAGAGCUACGGGCUGCUCCAGCCUAUCACCCGUUUGGCACGCUUUUUUGACCAAGAUCUGUGUUCAGUUCAACGUAAUGAAUGGGGGACAGGUGUAGUAGUAGGGCUGUGGUGAUGGACAGUGAGCGGCUUGGCACGGCGAAGCAGGGGCGCAGUGUAGUUGGUCAAAGCUGCAGCUGAAGGAUGUUCAAGUAUCGGAUCCGACUGUUCUUCAACGAACUCAAAGUGUUGUUACUGAUGCGCUCCGGAUCAAGCGGGAGGACUGACACGCGCACGGACGCGGACACGCAGACCAGGAUGCGUGGUUUAAUGGGAGGCUGCGUUUGGCCACAGCUUAACUGCUCCCACCGGGACGACGAUGAGGAGUAUUACGGCUCUGACCCACGGCCACGCAGCCUGGCGUUCGAGGACAAAGACGGAGCUCAACACCUGGAAGGAGGAGGAGCAGAAGAAGGCCUGGACGCUGGCUCCCUCCCGAGUCUGUCUGAGAGCGGGACGCGAUCACCACAGUGCCGGAUCUGCUUCCAGGGACCAGAGAAGGGGGAGCUAUUGAGCCCCUGUCGCUGUGACGGCUCAGUACGGUGUACUCACCAGUCCUGCCUUAUACGUUGGAUAAGUGAGAGAGGAUUGUGGAGCUGUGAGCUGUGUUACUUCAAGUACCAGGUUCUGGCCAUCAGCACCAAGAACCCCCUGCAGUGGCAGUCCAUCUCUCUGACUGUGAUUGAGAAGGUGCAGAUAGCAGCCAUUGUCCUGGGCUCCCUGUUCCUCCUGGCCAGCAUCUCCUGGUUGGUGUGGUCUUCUCUCAGCCCCUCCGCCAAGUGGCAGCGUCAGGACCUUCUCUUCCAGAUAUGUUACUGCAUGUACGGCUUCAUGGACAUAGUCUGUAUCGGUCUUAUAAUCCACGAAGGAUCGUCUGUUUACCGGAUCUUUAAGCGCUGGCAGGCGGUGAACCAGAAGUGGAAAGUCCUGAAUUACGAGAAGUUGAAGGACUUAGGCGACCCCGUCAGUCUGAGCAGUAAAAGUCCCGGUCAUGUGGAGAGGAAUCCUCACUCUUACUCUGUGGCCAACAGUGAACAGCACGUGAGCCGGCACGUCAGAACUAUUCUCCAACACCACUGUGGCUACACCAUCUUCCACAUCCUCAGCCAGUUACGACGCAACCAUCUGCACAACGCCAACCAAGAGGUGGUGAUGAGAGUGACCACUGUAUGAAGCUGGGGUCUGUGCACAUGAUGUGUUCAAGUGUUUAUGGAGAAAAUAAGUGUUGUUUGGAUUUUAUACAUAAAAACAACUUUGACAUAAACCUGUUUACUUCUAGUCUUAUUCAUUAAUUUUAUAUCCACUGAGCUCAAAUACAUCUCAGAUUUUAGCUGGGGGAGAACCGUGAAGUUUUUAUCUGAGUUUUUUUUUUUUUUUUUUUUGUGGAAUUGAGAUAAAUAAGAAAAAAAAGGUUUUUGAUUUUUGAAUGAACAAAAAGACAUUUUAAUUUUAAAACCAUUUACAUUUACUUAUUGUUAUAAUUAUGGGGUUUAUUUUGCUUUUUGUUUUAAACUUUAAAUAAAGUAAGAUUUUGAACUUAUGACCACUGCAGUAUUUUUUUCUCACCGCUGUAAAAUCCCCCACACACCGGGGGAACAUGAGAACGAACUUUACACAGAUGGACCACCUAACUGAACUGCUACUGUUGACAACACUGACCUGAAAAAUGUGCGUUCCUUCUUUGUCUGUAUUAUCACUUUACCAAACCUCUCUCACACCCUUUUUUCUCAGUCUCUCAGUGUUAUUCCCUCGUCGUUAUUCCCACACAGAUGUUUCAAAUCGCCCUGAAAUCUACCACACCUCUUCUCAGUCCCAGUGUUUCUCUUUAAAAUCCCACGCAUUUAAAAUCACAUUGAUACAUAUUCACAGGUUGCUUUGCAGCGUUCCUCUUGUCAUUUUUUAUCUAUUUCAAGACCCGAAUGUGUUGGUG